AUGGCGUCACUCCGUCAUUGGACCCCCGUCUUCGAGGAUGUCAAGAUGGAGCACACAACCGUCUCAUCGACAGUCCUGUCCCUGCUCCCGACGUCACUGCAAUCACGCUUGCCGCCCCUGCGCUCAGUCCAAAAAAGCGUCACCAUGCAGACCUGCCAGACCAGCGUGACGAACAGGACGUCCGCCCAAGAGCCGGUCACACCAACGCCCACGCCCCGAGGCUCGCCCAAGAAGCAGAGCCGCAUCGCGGACAGCCCCUCUCGAAUGUCCUGCGCCUCUACAUUGCUGGACGAUGAAGCCCUCGAAUCGAGCCCCCCAAGCCCUCCAUCGGGCGUUCACUGGCGGUAUGCCUUGCAGGGCUCUCUCUUCUCUCGGUGGCGCGAGAUGAAAUCCACCCGCCGCUGCCCUGCGCCGAAGUUUGAGCGCAAAGCAUUCCUCGACGGCGCAGAGUACAUCCUGAAAGUAAUGCUCGGCGCACCUCAGCCGCUGAGCUCGACGCCUGCGCACGUCGGCGCCCCGCGCCCUCGUCCUGGGUCCGCAAGGAUGCGACUCGCCCCUUUCGAGCACACGGUGUCACUCGCCGUGCGGCCAUGCGACGGCGGCGUCGUCGUCAUCGUCGGCACGGCCCCGGAAGUCACUGCUGCACCGGUGGGUGCAGGCGGCGGUGGUGCAGAUGUUCAUCCUCGCGCAUCUGGCGCUGCCGUACGUGGUGCUGCUCGCGCGGCUGGCGGCGCGGGCAGAGCGGGAGUACAACAUAUCACACAACUUGGCGAGUGCCGGGUGGGGGCUCGUCCACUCCAUUGGGGCGCAGGGGGUCAAGGCGACAGGCACGCUUUGCGGUAUCGGGGACGGCAGGGUCGGACAGGCCAUUGCGGAGGCGGUGGCUUGGACGGUUGA